AUGAGCGCGAGCGGCCCGGCGGCUACCGGGGACGGCCCCGCGCUGCCGCCGCCGCCGCCCGGGCCCGGUUCGGGGCCCGCACCGCCCGCGCCCGCCGCCGCCGCCGCCCGGGACGCCAUGGACGGGCGCGCUGAGCUGCCCGCCUUCCCGCGGGCCGGAGCCCCGCCGCUCGCCGCCAGCGACACGGUGCCCGCGGCGCCCGAGGGGGCUGGGGCGGCCCGGCCCGGCCCGCCGCCGCGCCCCACCUCCUUCUCGGUGCUGGACAUCCUGGACCCCAACAAGUUCAACAGCAGAAGACGCCGCUGUGUGCUGCUGGGCCCCGUGGCGCCCGCGGCGUGCGCCCCGGCCCCCGCCGCCCCGGGACGCCCGCCGCGCUCAGAGGAGCUGGAGCGUCGUGCCCUCGCCGCCGCCGGAGGAGCUGGAGCCGGUACCGGAGCUGAGCCGCCGCACGCCGGCGACCCCUGCAAGGCGGACGAGGCCGAGGCCAACGGCUACAGCAGCGGCGGUGGCCGCAGCCCGAGCGCGGACAGCGGGGACGAGGCGCCCGACGACGAGGACGAGGACGAGGCGCCCGAGGCGGGGGCGGCGCGGGGAGGCGGCAGCGGCCUCGGGGCCCGCGGGUCGGGCUGCCAGGGCGAGGCCGAGGCGCCCCCAGGCGCUGUCGAUGAGGCCGCUGUCCCCGGCCCCCGUGGGAACUCGCCCGGAGCCCCGGGCCCGCCGGGAGCCUCGGCGGCGCCCGGGGACGCGGGGACGACCCCGCAGGGCGCGGCGACGGCGACGAAGCCCAAGCGGAAGCGCACGGGCUCCGACUCCAAGUCCGGGAAGCCGCGGCGCGCGCGCACCGCCUUCACCUACGAGCAGCUCGUGGCGCUGGAGAACAAGUUCAAGGCGACGCGCUACCUGUCGGUGUGCGAGCGCCUCAACCUGGCGCUGUCGCUGAGCCUCACCGAGACGCAGGUGAAGAUCUGGUUCCAGAACCGCCGCACCAAGUGGAAGAAGCAGAACCCGGGCGCCGAUACCAGCGCGCCGACCGGCGGCGGAGGGGGACCGGGGCCGGGUUCCGGGCCGGGUGCGGGGCUGCCCGGUGGCCUCAGCCCGCUCAGCCCGUCGCCGCCCAUGGGCGCGCCGAUCGCCAUGCACGGCCCGGCCGGGUACCCGGCGCACGGCCCCGGCGGCCUGGUGUGCGCCGCACAGCUGCCCUUUCUGUCGAGCCCGGCGGUGCUGUCGCCCUUCGUGCUGGGCUCGCAGACCUACGGCGCGCCCGCCUUCUACGCGCCGCACCUCUGA